GCUUUUUGCCAUCACUUUUGCCAUGCCGGAAAGUGAUGGCCGAGGAGUUGAUCCCUGUUUUCGGGCGUGAAAACAGGGGCAGUCGAGCUUGUCGACGCUUUCUGUAUCAGAAUCGCACUGAAGUUGAUGCGCGGCUUUGUUCUGCUGCUCGCCAGGGCGUGCAGCGUAACAUUCUGCGCGACGGUAUGGCGUAGAGAUACAGGGGAAGCGUUGAAUCUGUUACACGAAGCUUCUAGACGAGACCUUCUAAGCACAUUCGUUUAGAAUUAUUUUAGUAGAGGCCUCCUAUAGAUUAUAUUUAUACGGAGGCCCGGACCAGAUUUUGUAUUAUUAUAAUUAUGCCAUAGGUGAAGGUGUAACGUGUACGACGUGAACUGCGAAUGCGUGCGCCGACCGGCGGUCCCAAUCGCAAUCACAAAGUAGUCCGCCAAGCUGCACUUUCACCAGCCGAGCAGAUUCUCUAGCUGCUCCUGCCGUGCCUGCUACUGGUGACGAGCCGAAUACGGAACUUCAAAAGUCGGUGAAUGGACGACUUUUCCCCUCCCGGAGUGUCUUCUUCUACUUCGACUUCUUCAACACAACACCAACAAAAAAAUGCAGCUAGACGUCACAAUUCGAAGUCCAAACUCCGAAACUCGGCGGCCACGGCAAGUCCAUCAGGAACAAAUCAUAACCCAUUUAACACCUCCUUCACCUUCGACGACGAUGUCGAUGAUUUCGACGUGAUCUCGACCGGUCUCUUAGCCAGGACGGUAAGCUCACUUUCCACGACGAAUAGCAGUACCGGUGCAGGAGCUUCCUCCUCAUUCUCUCGUUUUAAAAAUAACCGGCCUAGAGACACCUACAGCAUGAGCAACAACUCUAGCACAACCUCUCAGCAGCCGCACGGCGGCAUGGGCAUGGGGUUGAACCUUGGCGGCGGUAGUUCCGCUUCCUCAUCUUCCCCCUACAUCGCAACCACAACAGACCCCAACGUCCUCCACGGCGCGUCCACCCCGACCAAUGGCAUGCUAUCGUACGAAAAAAGUGUUUCACUGUAAGGAUUUUGCAGGUUUUGCAUCACAAGUUUGUUUGUUCUACAUGGCAGAGAAAAUUUGCCAUGCAGCGCUCCGAAGGGAAAACACAGCACAAAGCCACUGUCUUGCAUGUGUAGCAAGACAAACACCUGUGAGAUACAUUUUCUGCAUCACAAGUUCACAGGGAAGCAGUUUUUUCUUGCGAUACAUGCUGUCGAUGCUGCAGUAUUCCGAUGACAGCCACACGCAGAGCCAGUAUCGAAUGCAAAAGUGUCUGGGUCUGGAAGAUUCUGAGACUUGUCAUGCAUGUUUUGCAUUGCCCAGGAUUGUGUGUGAUGCAGGCCCUACCAUCACACACUUUUAGAAGCCUUCCUGAUGCCUACUUCGCAUGACAAACGCCCUCGUCCCGUGUAGCACAAACUAGACUCCUCUUGCUGGUCCUCAUGCAAUACUUUUUUUUUUAGAGUCCAAAGUUAGCAUCACAAGUUCCAACCAACCUUCCAGACCCAGACACUUUUGCAUUUGAUAGCCAGAUGAGCCGGCUGAUGCAAACCACGCCGGUUGAUGACUACAGAAGUCCGGGAGGUGGGGGACCACUACAACUAGCAAAUGACGACGAUUCCCCCGACGACUCCGUUUACCGCAGAAACCCGAAGUACAUGCGGUUUUCCGCGGGGUUGCUGACCCUCUCCGUCGUUCUCCUUUCUGCGGAUCAGAACCUCGCCAGCCCGCACUUGUCCGACAUUGCGGACGAUUUUUUCCGGGAAACGUGCCAAGCGGAAUUUCCGGACGACACAAUAUGGAUUGCAAAAGGAGCAUCGUACUAGUAGAGGUAAUCGCAUUACGAAUUAGCUCAGCAUGGCAAAUGGAAUUUGUCAUGCUGUUUCACCUUGGGGCAAAGAUUUGUAAUGCAUGACUGCGAUUACUACGAGUACGAGUGCGAUAUUCUUGCACAGGAUACACAAAACAGCAGGACAGUUGCGUGGACCACCGGAAAUUGCAGCAACUGGGUGGUGAGGCGCAAUUUGGGUUCUUCAUCCUCGGCGGGCUGGCAACCUUGCUCAUCGGCCCCAUGGCCGACGUGUACCCGCGAGUGCGAUUACUGGUGCUGGUCAUUUGGGUAGGCUCUUUACCGUGCCUGUUGACCAUCUUCAUUCCCAACGGGCUGUUUGGCUUCUACUGUUUCAUGACGCAGAGGAUUUUGACGGGGAUCAGUGUAUAGAUUGAUUGGUAUUGGUUUAAAAGAUACUUUGCCUACUUAGCCUUCACGUCAUUAGGUGCAACAAGCUACCCAGGAGUAGGAACAGCUGCUGUUUCAUUUCUCCUGUAGUUGUAAUCAUACAUUAGCAUGAUCUACGCUUUCACAGGUCGGCGGUUCCUACCCUAUCAUCUACUCUGUCCUCGCCGACAUUUUCCCGCCCUCCUGGAAAGCCUUCAUCGGCACCCUCGUCGCCUCCGGAACCGCCGCGGGGAUUGGCAUCGGCACCUUCCUUUCCGGCAUCAUCGGGACGCAAACUGGGUGGCGCUUCGUCUUCUUUCUCAUCGCGUUGCCGUCUUUGGUGAUCUCGGUCUUCGCAGUUUUGUCGGUGAUAGAGCCGAAACGGGAAAGACCCAGACUCUCCCGAAGCGCAUCGAAGCAGCGAUCUAGGUCGUCGGAGAUUGUGGGAGAUGACAUGGGCGCCGGAGGUGGUACUUCUAAUCGACAGCACAGUGCAGGAACAUCAAAUGGCGCGCAUCAAUACCCGAACUCCGGCAGUAAUACGGACAUUGAAAACGCUUUCCCCGGCGAGAUGGAUAAUCUGGACCACUCCCCCAUCAUGUCCGGGCGCCAUCAGCACAACCAUACAGCAGGAACAACAUCUCCCAGCAACGCAGCAGCGGGACUAAAUCAUGCAAUAGUUCCACCCUCCACCCCUUCCUCCCAGCAACGCCAAGCGAACAAGCUGAAAGAAGAAUGGAAGAAGCUGGAGUUGCACAAGCGACUCUACCGAGGCGUAACGAAUAACCCCACGACAAGCCUGUGCCUGCUCCAGUCCAUCCCCGGGUGCGUGCCCUGGGCGACGGUACAGGUGUACGUGUUGGAUUACAUGCACCACGAUUUGAACUACCCACUAAAAUCAGCCACCUACGUGAUCGGGAUCUUCAUGGUGUUAUCCUGUGCAAAAGUAUCGUACUCGUAGCAAUCGCAGUCAUGCAUUUACAAAACUCCAUCCCAAGGCAAAAAAGCAUGACAAAUUCCAUUUGUCAUGCUGAGCCAAUUUGUAAUGCGAUUACAACUAGUACCGUACGAUACUUUUGCAAUGCAUAGGCGUCUGGCAUGGUCCUGGUCAUUCUCUCGUCCUGGCUCGCGAACUACUUCUCGAAAUUCAACCCGAGGAACCUCGCUUUGCUUUCCUCCGUUCCAGCGGUCAUCGUCUGGUUUUGCCUCCGCGGAAUCCUGUUUCUAGUUUCCUUAACCGAUCGGAAACAGAACGGAGAAACAUCUAGUAAUAACGCCGCCUACACGACCACGCAGUUGUUAAUCUACGUUCUCGCAAUUUUCGCGGGUUUCGGUGCGAUCACAGGGCCGACGGUGAAAGGUUUACUGCUAAACUGCAACGGCAGCCAGAUCCGGGGCACGGUGUGCGGCUUGGUGACGUUGACGGACGACUUGGGCAAGGGGUUUGCGCCCAUCAUUGUUGCCCACUACAUGCAGGUUCUCGGGAAGGACGUCGCGAUCGGGAGGGCGUUGGACUGCUUCUUGCUGUGUGCGUUUGUGAACUUCCUGACGUACUUCACGAUAAGAGACGACUUCAUCCACUUUGAUAGCAGUUCUGCGGCGGGUGGCUCGAAAAGUCUCGAUCCAGGAGGGUUUGAGAACAGAACGUCCUUAGCGGAUGUCGUAUCCCCGGCCGGCGGUGUUAAUAUGGACCAUGACUACAGCAGUAGUUACGCCACGGCAGGGUCAACAUCCACUUCCGCUGGUAAAAAUAUAAUUACCCAGCAACAACACUACACGACGACCUCCUCGUCCAAGAUCAAUCACACCUAUGGGAGCCCCAUCCGGGAUUGAUUUUGCUUUCCAUCCGAUUGGAAACUAAAGCAGCUAGUAGCGACAAAAAAAUUUGCAGAACUUCGAAAAAUCAAACUGAAU